AUGUUGGACGAUGCUGCUUCUUCAAGCGCUCCCCGGCUUGCGGAUCCACUAAAGGCCAGGUUUCUGCUGAUGAUCGGUGGCAUCGUUGGCCUUCACAAAUUGUACCUUGAGCAGAUUCCAGAAGCGUUUGUAUAUAUCUCCACUGGAGGAAUAUUUCUGCUAGGUACUCUUUAUGAUAGUUUCUACAUCAAUAGCCAAGUAGAAUUCUAUAAUAUGCUCAAACUUGGUGAAGGCGUAGAAAUGAAGAAAUACAAAAAUGGUAAAUUGAUGGCUAAUCUUUCACGACUCGUUCCUUUUUCUGUACCGAGAUUUGCAGCGUCGGUAGCAUAUGCAGUGUGGUUAGGUUUUCUCUGCUGGACGGCUGGAAGUGUUACGUUUGGUACUUCUACUAAUGACAGUCUGAUUAUGGUUUCUGCACUAGCUGCGGCUGUCACGGCUGGAGUUUACAUUAUUGGUAACUGUGGUAGAGAGGCGCGUGAUUUGGUUUAUAUGUGGCUGGGUAGUUUUUCAACCACCUUCAUUCAUCUCCGUUUCAUUGAAGACCAUUGCUUGCGAGCCUUGCUGUUCGCCGCAGUAGUGGCAACAUGGCUCGGGAAUCGCAGUGCUCGUGUGCGUACACCGCUGCAUCGACCGUUCACGUGGAAACACUUUAUAUUCUGGACGUCGCUGUUUGGUCUGUUGUUGGGGGUCAUUGCAGUUGGAGCUACGUGCCAUAUUUUCCAUAGACGAGUAUCAGCCGCAGUACCAGGUGAAUCGAGUGUUACUACCUCAGUGGGAUCUCUUCUAUAUGAUCGUUUCAUGAAUCCUCAACGAGCACAUAGGUUUUUCAAAGACGGACCUGUUCUCACAUACAAGCCAUCCUCAUCAUUCGAUAGUAGAAAGGAUAAAUCUUGGGAACUGGACCUGGUUGGGAGGGCUCCAGCCUGGGCGGACAUGGCUGCAGUAUUGGUCGUUGACGUUAUAAAUCAAGAGAUGAGAGUGUUAGAGAAGCGUAGUAAGAUAGAGCCACUGAGAUGGGCUCUCUGGAGGAUGUAUCUCAUCACGAAAUUUGACGCCCCAGCGUUCAUCUCACAGAUGGAUCUACGCAGCAUGUGUACGAAAUGGAGAAAAGAGCAGGCAGCCGUACGAGAGAAGACGGUUGAACGCGGAGAAAAGGCGCGAGAUUAUCGCUUUCUGAGUACAGCGAGAGGAUGCGACGUGAUAAGCAAGUGAAGUUAGCUUUUAGAAGUAGUUUUUUUUUUCAAUAUUCUGUUCUGAAUUUCUGGUCACGGUCCCGGACUUUCUUCAUAUAAUUCUAGUUAUUUGAUCUCUCAUUAGUCAUCUCAUUAUGUUCUAGUUUGCUCUAGUUUGCUUUACCCUAUUUCGUUCCCGUUCUAAUUAAUAAAAAGAUACAGAUAGCUUGCUAGUUGUUCUGCGCUCUAUGAUGUUUUACCUGUAUUGUAUGUCGUACGUGGAUUGUUCAUAAUAUAGGCCAUGUUCGCUUAAUAAUAACCUCAUUAUUGCUGUUGAUAAAUUGAAUAUUUGUGCCGGUAACCUGAUUCUAGUGUUGAAGCGUGCUCAUUUGUAUCACUGUUCUCUUUCAUUUUACCAUAUAGUGGUGUGUAACAACUUGAGAAACAUUGCGCAUC